GACAUUCUUGUGCAGAACACAAGCAUGUGUACAAACAUGGUGUUGGAGUCACUCUCAUCCUUAUUUAUUCAUGUAUUGUGGUGUGGUCUCCCAACCCCCCCUUCACUGGCACUCCUUGCAUUGGGCUUGCUUUCCACACACACGCACACACUCUCUCUCUGUCUCUCUCUCUCUUACCACACCAAGCCUUAGCCAUGGAUAUCGAGCAGACGCAGGAUGGGAAGAGCAGCCUAAACAGCGGCUCCAACCCCGACCAUGCGGUCGUGGAGCCCGUACGCUCGCGAUGGACCCCAAAGCCGGAGCAGGUACUCAUACUCGAGUCCAUCUUCAACAGCGGCAUGGUCAAUCCGCCCAAGGAGGAGACGGUCAGGAUCCGAAAGCUGUUGGAGAAAUUUGGCGCGGUUGCCGAUGCCAACGUCUUCUACUGGUUCCAGAACCGGCGGUCGAGGUCUCGUCGUCGCCAGCGCCAGCUGCAGGCUGGCCUUGCGGCCGAUCCGGGUGCUGCGGCGGCGGCCUCAUGCCAUUUCGGGACCGCGGUGUUGCAGGAACCAGCUUCAUCGUGCUCCUUUGUCACUUCGCCCAGUAGUUCUACCGGAGGCUUCUUUCCUAGCUCUUCUUAUGCUUCUUCUUGUUCUUCGUCCUCCUACGCUAGCUUUGUGGGUGGUGACAGUGUCGAUGAUCUCUUCUCGAUCUCUCGCCACAUGGGCAUCGCAAAGAGCACUCAGAAUCCUUUCGAGUGCUGCUCUUCGGAUGCCCCGCAGUUACAAUAUCAACCAGGGACGAUCGUGGUGUUCAUCAAUGGGGUCCUAUCCGAGGUGCCGAGGGGUGCAUUUGACUUGAGAGCAAUGUUUGGUCACAAUGUGAUGCUUGUGCACUCUUCCGGAGAGCUUCUUCCUGUCAAUGAGUAUGGAUUCCUAAUGCAGAGCUUGCAAAUGGGUGAAAGUUACUUCUUGGUUUCUUCACCUACUUAGCCCGACUCCCAUUACAUCUGCCCUGGCCAAGAGGUGGUAGUUCAUAUCACUAGCCACUCGAAAGCAUGUAUACGGACGAAGCUGUUGUACAAUUGCACUGGUAACAAUCGAAGUACUGAGGACUUGCUGAUCACUGAAUUGAGGCCAUCAUUUGAUGUCCAAAUUAGUAGUUACCCUAUGGAUAGAGAUAUGUUGUCAUCCUGCACUGGUGUACUCUAGGAGGUUGUGGCUUCAAUGGAAAUUGGAUUGAUAAAAUCAGAAUAAAUUUGUAUUUUGUGAAGCUGAUUGAUGGUGCUAAAUCUUCAAAUUGUCCAUAUCUGUGCUAGUUUAGAAAGAGAGGCAGAAUGAGGGACACAUGAGACAGUAAU